AACCGAAAGCAGAACUCAGGCAAGAAGGGGAAAAAGAGCGAAAUAAUUAUAACAACUCCGCCUGCCUUCAGGCUUUUCAAUGCAGCAAGUAUUCAUAAGCUUCAGCAAAAGCAGGCCAAACCUUCGGGGACACGUCCGUUGACGCGUGGCAUCUUGCUCAGCAGCGCAGUCACUGGAAGCGCCACAAGGCCCUCGCUCUGCCGUGCCGCACGGAGGGGCUUCCCUCUUCCCAGCCUCUGCCAGCCCCUUGCCUCGUCUCUCUGCCGUGCCCUUCACGCCAGGAGCCCUGCCCCGGGCAAGCCAGACCCUCCUUCCGACGAGGACUCCUCCAGCAGGAACUUCGCGGUCUCUUUCCUGGAUGUUCACCCUGCCUCUUACUCGCCAGCCGUUCAAGAGUUAGACGGACCGGCUUGGAGUAUUCUACAAAAUCAGCGAACCUUCCAAAGUCGCCAGGUCUGCGCUGGGUGCCUGGGAAAGGGGGGCGCAGGGGUCCGUCCGGCAAGAGCACAGUGGGGCAGGCAAGCCCAGCUAUGCUCUCCUGCACCGGCCAGGCCAGGGAGGCCACCCCAGCGCGGCAGGCCUUGCUGGCCACAGCAACACGAGGCGCUGGCGGCUCUCAGCAGGACGAGCUGCCCUGCGGGGGUGUUCCGCGACCCCCCAGUCCAUAGGCCGGCCCGGCUUGCGGCCCCCACCAGCACCCCCCGCCCGGGCCACGGAGAGCGCAGCAGGGCGGCUGCACCAGCCACCACCCCCCUUGCCCCAGGAGGGCCUUCAGAAGCCACCCCACACAUGAUGCUGGCGGGGGGGCGACCGCCCAGGUCUGCCCGGCCGGGCCUGCUCCCCCAGGGCUUCGGAGGCACAGGACUGGGGGGGCCGGGGGCCUCCGCCUCCUUCCCUUCCCCCCCCAGCUACAAGCCCCUCCCUGGGUGCUCCAGGCCCUGCAGCGGGAGAUCGUGUCUGCCUGGGCGGCGGCAGCAGCAUGGGGCGGCCUUGGCAAAGCCCCCCACCCCACCCCCAGAGCGCGUGUCUGGGGCUCCUGCCUGCUGGUUGCUUUGGGAAUAUUCUGGGGGAGGGGCUCCCCCAGGUCAGGCAGGCAUCGCCAUGGUGCUGCUUAGGCACUGCCAAAGACGGUGGACGGGGCCGCCCCACUCUGCCCUUUUAGGGGCCCGAGCUCACCCGGCCGUUCCUGCCAGAGGCGAGGGCACUGCCUGUCCUUCAGGCCAGCAGGCGGGGCUGGGACGACCCUUCCGGCGCCCUUCCCCAUGGAACCCCUGAACUGCCGAGCUGGAGGGGGCCAGAAGGCCCUCUCCCCCUGCUGGCGCAGGACAGCACGUCACCCCGCCCCGCUCAGAGGGCUGCCCAGCUUUGUCCUGAAUGCCUCCCGUGUGGGAGCCCCCCCACACACACACACACCUCCCCAGGCGGCUGGUCCCACUGCCGUCUUGCUCUGGCAGGGAGGAAGCUCUUCCUGACGUCCCACCUGAAUCUGGGUUGCUGCAGCUUGAACUGGUUCUUCCGUGCCCCCCAGCACCCGGGGGUUCCUCCCGUCCUGUAGGUCCUGCAAAGUGGGCCGGGCCAAGGGAGGUCUGCAAUCCCCCGCGGGCCCCCAGCCCGCGGGGGCAUCGUGAGCAGGCGUGGCAGGCGCCCGCCGUUCCCCGUUUCCUGCCCUCUUUCCCACGCGCUGCUGACGGCAGCCCCAGCGGUGCGUGCCCUAAAAGGGGCGCCGCUUCCGCCAUGCGGGGGGCUCGGUUCCUGGCACGUGCCCCUGAACGCAGCGUGCGCUCGCCAGGACCUGGCCCCCAGGCCGCUGCGGAGAGGACUGGAGCCCAGGCGGCCGGGCUUGGGAGCCCGGUGAAUCCCCCCCCCCACAGGCACCUCUCUCGCACCCCCGUGGCAGGAGCUGGUGAGCUUCUGGGGAGCCUCGGGAUGACGUCUCUGGCGCAAAUUGUGCCCGGACAGAGAGCGUGUUUCCUCACUCGGCGUGCGUGUGGGCAGGCGGUGGGGAGGCCGUGCUCGCCCCCAGUGGGAGCAGGACUUCUGCUCAGUUCCUUUGGCUGUUGAGUGGUGCCGCCAGGCCAGCCGCCACGAACGGGGAUGGCCAAGAGCCGCCCGGUAGGGUCCCUGCCCAGCUGGCUUCAUUCGCUGAUUCGUUAUUCAUUGGCCGUGUUUGCAGGGCUGCUGUCUGGGUGGCAAUUACGAUAAAAGACCAGUAAAAUGACCGUAGAU